AUGGGCGACCGACACCCUCUUUCCCGGGUCGCUCGCCCGGUAGAGGGCUCUGGUGCCUCGACCCGUGAAACGAAUGUGACGCUCAGCCCAUAUCUUGCACUGCAGCGCGACCUUGGUGCAGCUUACCAGAAGUACAUCGGAUACGCCGAGAUCAUUGCUAGAGGUGGCCCACUGGCGCCUCAAUUCGGCGACUCGAUUUUCUACUCCGAAGUAGACAGGACAGCUGCUAGAAUAUUUGGCUCCGCACGCCCACGCUUGGUUGAAGGCAGCGUCCAAACACCCAUUACAUGGACCGAUGUGCUUCGUCAAAUGCUGACUCCUGGAGAUUUUCAACGACAGGCAAAUGGGAUGUACCGAUGCCGUGUUCGAGGAAGUCUAAUCGAGGUCUCUGAGGCAAAUUACAUGGAAAUCCUCACCGGUGUUACCGAACGACUUUUGCAGCCCUUGCAAAACUUGUCCAAUGAGCAGAAGGAAACCCGAGUGCGCCUUAAGCUAGGCUCCUACCUGCAUCAGACGCACAACACACUCAUCCAAUUUGUCAUGGCAGUCCGGGCAUCUAUUGAUGCUCUGAAUAGAACCGUGACUAUUCAGGGUGCAAAUCCCAACACCACUGAACGUGCUGAAGCUCAACUGCCUAUCCCAAUCUCGGCUCGACGACCCGUUAGUUCUGCUCGGGGUGUGGUUGCAAAUUCCAGCUUCACUGGACGUCAUGAAGCUCAACUGCCUACCCCAAUCUCGGCUCAACGACCCGUGAGUUCUGCUCGGGUGGUGAUCUAUAUAUCCGAUACAGACAGCGACAGCGAUGAGAAGACUGGCGGCAACAUCAAAACGGAAGCACCAGAAUCGGCCCAGUCUGAGCGCGUUGGGAUCAUCGAGAACAAUCGGGCGGAAAGCAUGCAUCCUGAGACCAACGAACUGGUUAAAGUCGAGUCAUCCGAGGUUGUUCAAGGCGAAUCCAUUGUUUCAACCAGCGACACCGAUUAUGUUCCGUCAAUCGACGUUUCUCAGAGCAAUUUGAGUGACUCGGUCAGCGAAACCGAUGAUUAUGUCUCGUCCACCGACGGUUCUCGACGCAUUUCCACUGGUUCGGAGAGUGACUCGGACGAUGAUGCUCCGUCAAUUGAUGUUUUCCGAGGCAAUUCCAAUGAUUCAGGCAACGAUGAGAAUGAUGCUGGCUUGGUUGCUUAUGACAUUUUGCGCUUGGCCAAUAGCCUGGUCAACGACAACAAUGAAGGUGCCGGAUUGGUCGAUAACAACACCCCUUCCGCCACGAACAACCAGGCGGUCGAAAACACGGACGCCAAUGCUAAUGCUAAUGCCAAUGCGAAUGCGGAUGAGAACACCAAUGCCAAUGUUAAUGCCAAUGCUGAACCGUCUGGCCUCGCCUCCGAUGUGGCCUCUGACACAAUCCGUCCGUGGUUGCUCAACAUCAAUACUCCCGGUAAUGCAGACGACGACGCUCACUCAUCUGGAUCAGACAUCCCUUGGAAGAUCAAGUCCGGAAAGAGAUCCCAUUCGACUGAUACUGCUGAAGGACUAGACGGAAUUCCAUCCCAUGCCUCAAAGAGACGCCGAGCUGAAUCCCCUUUCAGCGAAUCUGGAAACAAGCCACGGGCCGCCGCCAAAAGAUACUCUCAUUUGGAAGAGGACGAAGGACCAGCAUUUGUGAAGUCCCUGGUCAACAGGGGAUCUACUGGCGCUGAAAUUGAACAGGAAUACUCCCAGGUAUUCGGGGUUUUCCGGUCUGCGGGUGCUCUCUUCAAGAAAUUCGAGACCAAAGGUACUUGGGCGUUGUUGAAAUCUCACCGACAGGCCACGCAACAGAAGACUAUGGUACUGAGCCCAUUGCUUCAUUCUUGA